AUUUUUAAAAUCAUAAAAAAUCACACUUACUUCCCCCUCCAAAAAUCAACGCCAAAACUUUAACCGGCAAAAACCUUGUACCAGCCCAAAGAAGAAGUAACUAUUCUCAGCAGAAGCUUCUUCUUCUUCUUCUUCUUCUUCUUCUUCUUCUUCUUCUUCUCAGUUUGCAAUGUCGAAAUAUUUGAUGAAUUCUGUUGUUGCCCUAAAAUUGCCUAAAAAGAUAGUGCCCAACAAUGUUGUUGAUGUUGUUUUGAAGCAUUGCAUUUCACUUGAUCUUAAACUAUAUGGACAAGAUAUAGUUUAUUGCAAACAUUGUAAUAAUGUAGUGCCCGGUGGAUUUUACCGAUUUAUAUGUCACUUAACUGGAAUGGAAAAUGUUGAAGCUUGUGAGCAUGUUGGCGAUGACGUGAGGAAGGAAAUGUUGGAGUUUCAUACCACUUUGCAAGAGGUUAAUGAGAAAGGGUGUGUUGGAGUUGGCCAAAAAAGGGAAGGGAAUGAAGUGGAUGUUGGAAGUUCGAGAGAUAGUUUCAAGAGAAGGAGAGUUGGCUCUCAAGCCUAUGCUGUUGAUAACAAGAAUGAGAAGACUUCGAGGGAGGAAGCAUGUCGAGCGAUUGCAAAGUUUUUCUAUAACAAUGCCAUACCGUUCCGAACGUUAUGCAGCAGUGAAUUUAAAACUAUGUGUGAUAUGGUUUCAAGACAUGGCGUAGGAUUUAAGCCACCGGAUUAUGACGAGAUUAGUAAGAAAUAUUUGGCGGAAGAAGUUAAGUUGACAAAGGAAGCUUUGGAAGAACAUAGAGCUAUGUGGAAGAUAACAGGUUGCUCUAUAAUGUUCGAUGGAUGGGCUGACAAGGAGAAUUGGAGCGAACUGAACGUUUUGGUGAACAGUCCAAAGGGAACAUUCUUUUUGAAGUCUAUUGAUGUGUCUGAAUCUGAUAGAGAUUCGUCUGACAAACUCUUUAAGAUGAUGGAUGACAUUAUUGAAGAAGUCGGGGAAGAAAAUGUUGUCCAAGUUGUGACAUUCUUUUCACCGGUCUUCAAAGCUGCCGGUGAGAAGUUAAUGGCGAAAAGGACCAGACUGUAUUGGACACCUUGUGCAACACAUUGCAUUGAGGUGAUAUUGCAAGACUGUGAGGAUAAUAUACCUAUUCACGCAGCGACACUUAAGAAGUGUCAAAUGAUUAAUAUCUUUAUUAUUUCACAGCCUUCUCUCAUGUCUCUAUUGCAGCAUUUCACAGGAGGAAUAGAUGUUUUAUUGGAUGUAGGCAUUACUGACUGUGACUCAUCAUACUUAACGCUAGGUUGUCUUCAUGAGAACAAAGGAGCUCUGAUAAGAAUGUUCACAUCCAAGGAGUGGAAGUCGAUGGAGUUUUCAAUGUUGGGGAAAUUGGUUGAGGAUAUGGUUUUGGAUAAGGAGUUCUGGAAAAAUGUUAUGAUUUGUUAUAAAAGCACACAACAUCUACUUUUUGCGCUUGGUUUGGUCAAUUUAAUUAUGGAACCGGCCAUGGGUUUCAUUUAUGAGCACAUGGAGAAAGCUAAAGAGGAGAUACGGACGAGUCUUUCCGAAGGUGGUAUAGAAAGGGAAAGUUGUAUGCUUAUACAGAAGAUCAUUGAGGAAAGAUGGGAAAAACAAUUCUAUAGCCCUCUACAUGCUGCAGGCUAUUUUCUUAACCCUCAAUUUCACUAUAGUCCUGGAGUUAGAGAUGAUAUUAAAGUUAAACGUGGUCUACAACAAUGUAUAGCGAGGAUGGUGGCCGAUCCCGAAGAAAGAUCUAAGAUUGAAAUUCAACUUGUUGAUUUCGAUAAAGGGAUAAAUGAUUUCAGUCAUCCAAUAGCCGCAAUAGCAUCUGCUGAGGAGAUUCCAGCUAUUUGGUGGGCAUCUUUUGCAGAUGGACAACCGGAGCUCCAGAAAUUUGCAAUUCGUGUAUUAAGCUUGACAUCCAGUUCUUAUGGGGGUCCCGGUCUUCAGAGUGCCUUUGAGAUGGCCCAGACUAACAUUUUGAGGAACAAGACUCCUAUAGAUGUUCUUUUUGUCAUGGCUAAUUCAAAAUUGGGCAUAAAGAAGAAAGCAUCAGUUGAGAUCAAUCUUGAUGAUAAUGGAACUGAUGACGGUUUAGAUGUGGACACCUUGGAUUUGGAUGCCCCAUGUCUGAAGCCACAAGAUGGUGUGGGGAUUGCUGAUUUGCAUGAUGAAAAUGCUAACCGAGAUGGAGAUGGAGAUGGAGAUGGAGAUGGAGAUGAAGACGGAGAUGGAGACGAAGACGAAGACGAAGACGAAGACGAAGAUGAAGAUGAAGAUGGAGAUGGAGAUGGAGAUGGAGAUGGUGAUGAAAAUUAAAUGGAGGAUUAUGAUUUUUAUUUGUUUUAGGUGUCUAUGUCUUGGUGUUUGUUAAAAGCUUAAUACUAUAGCUUAAGUUGUUAAGUCGUGACUUAUGAAUUGUGUAUGACUUUCCUAUGAGUUUUUUAAUUUAAGUUUAGUGAAGUAGUUUUAGUGAUUUUCUUAUUUAUGCUAUCAUAUAUGAUUAUAUGAGUUCAAUAGUUCAUAUGCAUGUAUGUAUGAAUAAUGAAUUUUAAAGGAUUUUGCUAUCCUUAAAAUCCCUCUUUUUUACUA